AUUAUUGGUUGUUAUAUAUUUUUAAAAUUAUUUUUUAAGUUAUAUAAAAUUGAUAUUUAAUUAUGCUAAAAAUAAUGUUAAGUACCAAUAAUUUUUUUUAGCAAUUCUCUCUAAAAAAAUUUUUUAGGGGAAUUAUUCUAUAUAAUAUUUUCUUUAAUUUUUUUUUUUUACAAAUUUACAGUUUGGGUUUCUAAAGUGGUUGAAGCCCUAGUUGCAAUAAGAGUUUCUAUACGAUUUUUUGUUACAAUUUAAGUUGCAGCGCUAAUUGCGUAAAAUUUCAUAAAAAUGCAAAAUAUAUAUAUAUAAAUAUAUUUUCUUAUUUCUUACUAAUGGAGGAUUUCUUUGCAUAGCUGUAAAUAAUAAUUAUUUUUUGUGUUUAAUCUAUUUUAUAUGAUUGACAAAUGAGAUAUACUUUCUCCACUCAAUUCAGUGUAAAUUUAAUCAAAGUAAUCAACUAGUGAAUUUCUUGAAAGAGAAGUUGGACUCUCGUUGCUUUGCUAAAAUACCACAAACAAUAAUAAAUCAUACUAUAAGGGAAAUUUCAUUUUUUACCCUUAAUAAUAUAUCUCAUAUCAAAUUUUAUACCCCUUACUAAUUUAUACAAAACAAUUCCACUAUUUUCAAAUUCUACCCAAAAUACCCCUUACAUUUAAUUUUCUCACUCUCUCUUUCCCACUCUCUCUUUCCCUCUCUCUCUGUCUUUCCCACUCUCUCUCCGACUUUUCCUCUUCGUCCCUGCCCAAAAACAAAGCAGUUGAACGACGACGACGACCACGCAUUUUCCCUCUCUUCCCACUCGAUUUUUCCCUCUUUCUCUAUCGAUCUCUGUUUUUCCUCUUUCUCUCUCUCUCGGUCGGUCUUGAAUUCGACCCGUGCUCGUGGAAACCACCACGAACAGUCGCCAACACAGGCCAUCGCCAGUACCCGUGCUCGUCGAAACCCAACACAGGCCAUCGCCACCACAACCACGGACCGUCGCCACCACCACAAAGCUCAGUCAAAGAUGGCUCCCAGACUCAUUAUUCCAGCACCCGAGCAUUUCACUGGCCGCGUCACAUAUAGGGGCACUGGAAUUUUUGCAAAAAUCAAAGCUCGGUUUGAGGAGUUCAACCUUAAUAACACGGCGAAGGAAAGCCGUUUCGGGAGCUUCUGGAAUGCCGUACCACUGACAUUCUCCUCGGUGUUAUUUCACCAGCUGAUGCUCCACAAAAUGAAAGUGGAUGCUCAGGAGGAGUUGAGGAUGAGGUUUUAUGUUGGUCGAAAGGAGGUCCGAUUCGGGGUGCUGGAGUUUGCACUCAUUACGGGUUUGGACUUCUCCUCGGGGCCAACAGAAGAGGAGAAGGCUGCGCAGGUCGCGCGCUCGGGGUCAGACCGAUUGAUCAACAAAUAUUUCAACCGGUCUGAUAGUGUGAAGACAGAAGCACUCCAACUUCAGUUCACAAACUGCCAGAACCCGGAAGACUUGUACAAGCUCGGCUUGUGCUUGUUUGUGGAGUCAGUGCUUCUGGGCCUCGAGGCCAACGCGCUGAUCACGCCUCACAUACUUAGAUAUGUGGAAGACCUCGAGUUCUUCUUCCGGAUUCCUUGGGGGAAGCACUCAUUCGCCAGACUCAUGCACUCGCUUCAGAAAGACAUGUUGAAACAGAAUGCCAACUACGAGAAGAAGCUGAGUUCGGAUGUUCAGCACGAGUGCAAAUACACAGCAUAUGGCUUCGCACCUGCAGUCCAAUAUUGGGCGUACGAGGCCAUUUUGGAGGUUGGCAAGAGGUAUGGCACGAACCACGGGAUUCGGUUCCCCAGGAUGCUUAGUUGGACGAGCAAAGACGAUAUUGGGAAGAAAGACGUCAGCGCAUUAUUUUCUAGACGGAAUCUGGAAGUGGUGAAGGGGCUACUUCCACGGACAGAGGAGGAGGCAUUUGUGAGGACAAUAUCUUACGAUGGUGUGGAGAACCUGGUUGAUGAUGUUGUGGAUGACACAGAGGCUGAGGAAGGUAGUCAGGUACCAGAGACUCAGGUCCCAGACACUCAGGAAAGAGACACUCAGGUACCAAUUUUUGGAACUUUUUUUUAUGUCUUUAUUUUUUAUUAUUUUUGUUUUGUGAUAUUUGUUACAUUGUGGAAUUAUCGUAUGCUUACCGUAUUUUUUUUAUAUAUAUUUUUUCAGGCCACUGGUUCAGAACCUCAGCCCAGUGCACCAUCUUCAUCAGGCGUUCGGGGUGCCGAGUACACUGAUUUAGUGGCUCGGUUGGAUAGGAUCGAGGCUGACACUCAGGGUCUGUAUGCUGCUCAUGUCGAGCUGAAGAAGGCAUACGAGACCAGCCAUGUAGAGCUGAAGGGUGGUCAGAACGUAAUUAUGGAACAGCUCAGACACAUAUUGGCCAUGUUGAAUCGUCCGCCAGCGACAGCUUCAGCACCGGAGGCCCCAGCAGAUCCAUCUACCCCACCGCCAGCUGCUUCACCCCCAGUAGAAGAGGAUGAGGUCUUCCCCGACGAUUACGAUCCUUAUGAGGGAGCUCCAGCGACUCCGAUCGAGGCACAACCUCUUAUCCAUGUACAUGACACCGAGUCGCAGGGUGAGAUUCUGUCCAUAGAGGCACAACCUGCAGUGGUUAAGAGUUGGAAGAGGAAGAGAAAGCCUCCUGUACGGUUCGGUGACUAUACGGAGAUGAAGAGGAGACAUAGGCCAUCUUCGACUUUUGAUCCCCUGGAGCCACCGGAUGAGAAAUUGUUAACCACUUUCCGAAAGUGGUGUGUUGGACUCAUUCCGAACCACCGACUUCGAGAUUUGAGAAGUGGUGAUUACGGUCCAGGAUUCUUUUGGAUAAUGCUCACACCAAAGGAAUGGAUUACAGAUGACCAUAUAGAUGCAGCAAUGCAUAUGCUGAGGAGGCGACGCACCGACUAUCCACUCACAUUUCCUCAUAAGGGUAUCAUUCUCUCCACAUUCGUGACCGCCAUGAUCAGCAGUGCAUGGACGAGCCACAAGGGUCCGAGGAAAAACUUGAAAUGGGAGGAUUAUAUCCUGGACUACUGCACAGGGGCUCAUAAGUCCCAAGUCUUUGAGAGAUGGAGGGGUAACGAGUUUAUUUACUUCGUUCUGAACCUUCCCACGGCAAGGCACUGGGUCACAGUUGAAGUCGACAUAAAGCUGUGGAAAAUUAAUGUCUACGACUGUGAUUCCAGCGUCUGUCAUUGUGGCGUGUAUUGCAUUGAGUAUGUGGAGCAUCUCAUGAUGCAGCGUGGAUUGACCGAUGUGACGCCAGACCGGAUAGCCAUGUUUCGUCAACGGUGGUGUGUCGAUUUAUUUUACCAAAAUGUCACGAUUAUAUGUGUAAUUAUUGGGACAUUGUAUAUUUUGUGUAAUUAACAUUACAGU